UCAGUAUCGAUAAAGCCAUAGAUAUUAAAGUUAGUCAUUGUCUUGUUGGCCAUGAUGCAGAACUGGUUACUCUUGCUCGCAGCAGUGGGGACUGUGGUCAGCUACCCCCAGCUGUUCCAGACGCAGAAGUUCAGGGUCGGGAUUGAAUAUGACCAUUCCCUGCCGAUGAAAGGGGGCUCCGACAGACAUCGCCACAGGAAUAACUACGAGCCUUUUUACGUGACUAUUACCGCUACUGCUAAGAACGGCUUCGUAAUCUCAUACCUGGAUGUCACGGCCACCACUGAUGCUGGAGGGACGGUAGACUUCAACCUCAUUCGAGGACAGACCGGCUCUCGCACCAUGGUGUUCCAGCUGAUAUCCAACAAUAGCGACUUCCUGACGUACUCCUACCUCGCCUACGGGAUCCGAGAAGAAGAAUAUCGUAAGGUGACCGAAGUCUCUGGGUAGGAUCAAAAACAUAAUAACCGUACCUAUGACGAACAAGGCAGCGAGAAAUGACAGACAAUACGCUUUUAUAUUUUUUAUUUUUUCUUACUUAUUUUAUAGUUUAUACUAAUUUAUGUACUGUGUAAUUUUAAGUACUUAAUAAUUAAUUAUUCCUUAGUAAACUAUAUUUAU